CUAGGUAUCACCAUCCAUUCAUGACAUCUACCAUAGAUCAGUGGAAGCAUAUUAUACUCACAUGAGGAAUAAUGAGGAGAAACUGUAGAGCGUGAUAAAAACAGACAAAAAAAGCAAAAAAAUGUAGAAACUAACCUCGAAGACAUGUAAACAUUGAGAAAGCUUUCAAAAUAAAGAAAAUGGACAAUUAGAAAGUAAAAGAAAAAAGAUUAAAGAAUUGAGAUCGUUUCAAAUAAACGCUAUCAGUUGAAUACACUACAAGCCAGUGCAAUGAAUAAACUGAUACAUCCAGCAGUUGCUCAGCAACCUGUACCUCUCGUUCCUAUUCAGUUGGAUUCUGCAAUUGCCAUAAGGAUAGCUAUGGGUGCAAAAAUGGCCAAUGAAAGAUUAUUAAUGGCACACCCUGAUAUAUGGCAUCAAAUUAGAAUCAUCAGAGGUGCCCAAUACGACAAGGAAACAAUUCUAAAGGCUAUUUUGAAGGCGAUAGAACCAUUUGAUUUAAUACCAGUGAAGUAUGAUGUCUGCGGAGAUGAUGCAUAUUUCAUGGCGAGAAAUUGUGGCUUUGCUCUUGAGAAGCUGUGCAAGACAAACUUGAUCAUCAAUAAUGUUCAGAACGAUGCUGUCAUCCUUAUGAUAAUUUUAGGAUACUCCUCAAUCCAAAAUACAAAAAUUCACAUACAGCCAGUUCUUUUAGCUGCACUAGCAAAGAGGUAUGAUCCGAAUCAGAAGAUAUUAAAUUUAAGAAGUUUCCACAAAGAUCCGAAUAUAGAAAGUAUCGUCUACUGUCCUUUGUCACUAGAUAAAAUGUCCAAUCAUGUUUUAAAACUAGCCAAAAAUGCUAUAGCCACGAUCGAGUACUUGAAUUUACAAUAUAACGAAUUGUUCAACAUAACAGCGAUCGAGAAUUCAGAACUAACAUUCAUCAAAUACUUGGAUCUAAGAAACAACAAUUUGUUAAAUAUGAACGUAUUGGCGCCUCUGCAAGAUCUAAAAAUCAUUAAACUCUGGUUGGAUGGAAAUCCGCUUUGCGAAAAUUACGCGACUGCAAAACGAUACGUGGAAAAUGCAAAGAAGUAUUGUCCGUAUCUGCAGGAGCUAGAUGGUGUAACCAUCGUGUCUAACAUGCCGUUUAUAUACAGAGACUACUUUAAAGACGAAAAAGCACUGGAUUUUGUGCGUAAAUUUGCUUCACACUUUUUCACUUUGUACGAUCAACUCGACAGGACGGUAUUACGGGGAAUUUAUCACAAGAACGCGUUUUACUCAAUGAGCUUCGGCAUUCCGAAUUCCAUGGCGCAAAAGAAGAACCUUGUUCAAUAUACAGGAAGUAGAAAUUUACUGAGAAAAGGGCCAAAGAAGAAUUCGCAUCUCUAUUACGGUCAAGAGGAUAUUCUGGCAAAUCUAAUCAAAAUGCCUAGAACUUAUCAUGACAAAAACUCUUUUAAAUAUGACAUUAUGUACGACGAUGGCAAGUGCAUAGUAAUAAACAUUACAGGAUUAUUCAAAAAAUUAAGCUCCGGCACAAACAUAUUGUCGUUUUCGAGAACGUUUGUUCUAUUGGCUGCGAUGGACAACGAAUAUCACAUUUUGAACGAUCAGAAUCACAUAGACGCAGCCCCUCAGAAUAUGACGCCUGAUCAAAUAGCUGUCAAGUACACGUAUGACGAAUUUGUACCGACUUGCUUCAGUCUGAGCGAGAAAUCGGUACUAAUUACCAGAAUGAAACAGAUCACUAAGAUGAAUGACGAAUGGUGCAAAAAUUAUCUGUCGGAAAACGAGUGGGACACGCGGAAGGCAGUAAAUAGCUUCAUGAAGGAUCUCAAAAAUUCAUCGAUACCUGAUCUCGCGUUCCACAAUUAGAAAUGUAGCUAUGAUACAACGUUGUUACUACUUUAUAUGUCAUUAUUUAAACACAGGGUAUCCAAAAACUUAUAGGUGUAUUUUCAAUGAUAAACUCUCUGAUCAAUUUAAAAUAAUUUUAAUUUUAAUUCUUCCUCGACGAAAAUGUCAAGGCGAAUUAGUCAGAGAAUCAUCAAAAGCUUCUAUAAAUAACAGUAUAUGAAUAAUAGUUUUAAGUUGCAACAAUAGCUACGUAAAUAAAUUUAUAUAUUUU